AUGGGUAAACUGUCUACUCCAGCCAAGUCAUCUCCUAAAGUUGGCUCUUCUGGAGGAUCGGGUAAGAAACAAACAUCGUUGAUGGAUUUCUUUAAGCCUGCAUCUGCUAAGAGCAAAUCAAAAUCUCAACCACUGCCAUUAUCAUCAUCUCCACUUAAAUCAAAAUCUACAUCCAAACCUUUUAUAUCUAGUGAUAAAGAGAAUGAGGAAGAUGAAGAAAUAAUGAAUCAUAAAGAUAAUACAUUGUCCACAUCACAACCUCCUGCAGAUCAAUUUGAAAAGCCCAAGGCAAAUGCCACGGCACCUUCCCCACAUCCUGCUAAACAAGUUGAACCUAAGAAAAAACCAUUGACAGAUAGAACAUCCAUGUUGAAUUCUAGUCCUGUUGCUUCUUCCCGUCGUAGACCAAAAGUCAACUAUGCUGAAUCCGAUGAUGAUGAAGAAGAAGAAGAGAUCCGUGGAAGUAGGAAAAAGAGAAGAAUUGUACAGGAUGAUAGUGAUGAUGAUGAUGAUGCUCAUGAAGAAUUUAAACCCCCUGCAUCAGAUAAUGAUGAUGAUGACGAUGAUGAUAUGAGUGAUUUUGUUGUGGAUGAUGAUGCCGAUGAUGAUGAUGAUAUGGAACCUGCACUGGAAGAUGAAGAUGAACCGGUUCCAAAAAAGAAGAAAACUAAGAAAUCUGCAUCGCCUGCAGCUAAAAUUACGACCCCUUCAAAAUCAAACCUGGUAUCAGCAUCUUCUGUUUUAAGCAAGUUUAAUUCUUCUUCAUCUUAUCAGUCAUCACCUGCCACAACUACGCCUAAGAAACAACCAACUAAAAGUGCCACCCCAACUAAGAAAUCGUUUGAAAAGGAAAAUGAAGAAAGGUACGAAUGGUUGGUUAACAUCAGAGAUGCUGAAAAGCGUACUGUGGACGAUCCAGAGUAUGAUCCAAGAACAUUAUAUAUUCCACAAUCAGCUUGGUCCAAAUUUACCAACUUUGAAAAACAAUAUUGGGGAAUUAAAUCCAAGAUGUGGAACACUGUUGUGUUCUUUCAAAAAGGAAAAUUCUAUGAAUUGUACGAAAAUGAUGCAAUUAUUGCCAAUACCAAAUUUGAUUUAAAGAUUGCUGGUGGUGGACGAGCAAAUAUGAAAUUGGCUGGUAUUCCAGAGAUGUCUUUUGAAUAUUGGGCUAAAGAAUUUAUUAGUCAUGGGUACAAAGUUGCCAAAGUCGAUCAAAAGGAAUCUUUAUUAGCCAAAGAAAUGAGAGGCGGUACCACAAAGGAAGAAAAGAUCAUCAAAAGAGAAUUGACUGGUAUUUUAACUGGUGGUACUUUGACCGAUUUGAAUAUGAUUACCAAUGACAUGUCAACUUAUUGUUUGAGUAUUAAAGAAGAAGAAAAUGAAGAUGGAACUAAGGUAUUUGGAGUUGCCUUUGUGGAUACUGCUACAUCUGAAUUGAAUUUUAUUGAACUUCAAGAUGAUGCCGAAUGUACAAAAUUGGAUACUUUAAUCACCCAAGUCAAGCCUAAAGAAGUCAUUUGUGAGAAGGGUAAUUUAUGUCAAAUUGCUAACAAGAUUCUUAAAUUCUGUGCUCAUAGUGAAAACCAGAUUUGGAAUAUUUUAAAUCCAAUUACCGAAUUUUGGGAUUACGACAAUACUAUCGAAGAAUUGGUUAAAUCCAAGUACUAUGAAGCUGAAGAUUUAGAUGAUUAUUCGAAAUACCCAGAAAUAUUGGUUACAUACAAGGAUAAUCAUCCGUUAGCUUUCAGUGCUUUUGGUGGGUUAUUAUACUACUUGAAGUUGUUGAAAUUAGAUUCUAGUAUCAUGAGUCUUGGUAAUAUUCAUGAAUAUCAAAUAUCAAAAAAUGCAAAUAAUCAUAUGAUCUUGGAUGGUAUUACGUUAAAUAACUUGGAAAUUCUUCAUAACACUGCUGAUGGUAGUGAUAAGGGAACACUUUUCAAAUUGUUGAACCGUGCUACUACCUCAUUUGGUAAAAGACUUUUGCAACAAUGGAUUCUCCAUCCUUUGUACAAGAUUGACGAAAUUAAUGCUAGAUAUGAUUCAGUUGACUUUUUCAUGAAUGAUGGUUUGGAAUUAAGAUCUGCUAUUCAAGAUGUAUUAUUUACUCUUCCAGAUUUAGAAAGAUUAUUGGCAAGAGUUCAUGCUAAAACAUUGAAAUUUAGAGAUUUUUUGAGAGUCAUUGAAAGCUUUGAAGCCAUUGCCAAGUUGAGUACUAAAUUAAAGGAUUUUGCUAAUGUCGAAUGUGGUAUAUUGUACAACUACUUGUCUAGUUUCCCGCACGAAAUGAGUGAAUUGAUUGACCAAUGGGAAGAUUCAUUUGACAGAGAACAAGCUAAAUCCGAUGUGAUCAUUCCAGCUUCUGGAGUUGAUGAGCAAUUUGAUGAAUCACAAACACUUCUUGGUGAUUUAGAAUCUCAAUUAAAUCAAAAACUAAAAGAGUACAAAAGAACAUACAAGUCACAAAGUAUUUGCUACCGUGAUUCUGGUAAGGAAAUUUAUCUUAUUGAAGUUCCAGUUAAAUUGAAUGUGCCACAGGAUUGGCAACAAAUGGGUGCUACGUCUAAAGUUAAAAGAUAUUGGUCACCGGAGGUUAAGAAGUUGGCUCGUAAACUUAUGGAGCAACGUGAGUUGCAUAAACAGGUGUGUGAUACUUUAAAGAAUAGAAUGUUUGAAAAAUUUGAUGCUCACUAUCAAACAUGGAUGGGUGUUAUUAGAUCCAUUGGCAAUAUUGAUUGCUUGUUGGCAUUGACAAAAGCUUCAGAAUCUAUGGGUUUCCCUUCAUGUCGUCCAUCAUUCAUUGACGCUGCCAAGGGAUGUGUUGACUUUAAAGAAUUAAGACAUCCAUGUUUUGAAGGUACUAAAGAGUUUAUUCCAAAUGAUGUUCAACUAGGUGGUUCCAAUCCACAUUUUGGUUUACUUACUGGUGCUAAUGCAGCUGGUAAAUCGACUUUAAUGAGAACCACCGCUUUGGCAGUUAUGCUAAGUCAAAUUGGGUGUCAUAUCCCAGCUGAACUGGCCAAAUUGACCCCAGUUGAUAGAAUUAUGACAAGAUUAGGUGCUAAUGAUAAUAUUAUGCAAGGUAAAUCUACAUUCUUUGUGGAAUUGUCCGAAACCAAAAAGAUUUUAAGUAAUGCCACGCCUAAAUCAUUGGUUAUUCUCGAUGAAUUGGGAAGAGGUGGGUCAAGUAGUGAUGGAUUUUCCAUUGCUGAAUCUGUUUUACAUCAUUUGGCUACUCAUUUACAAUCAUUGGGUUUUUUUGCAACUCAUUAUGGUACAUUAGGUUUAUCAUUCAAAACGCAUCCUCAAAUUAAACAGUUGAGAAUGGGAAUAGUGGUGGAUAACAACUCCCGUAACAUCACAUUCUUGUACAAAUUAGAGGAAGGUACAGCACCAAGAUCAUUUGGUAUGAAUGUUGCUGCUAUGUGUGGUAUUCCUGAAGAAAUUGUUGAUAAUGCCGAAAGAGCCGCUAAUGAAUAUGAACAAACUUCUAAAUUGAAGAAACUUGCUGAAGAAAGUGAUGUUCAUGACAUUAGUUUGGGUUUACAAAGUGAUUUCGUUUGGUGGGGCACUGGUAAGAUUGACGAUUUGGGUAAAGACAUGAUUUCCUACGAUGAAGCUAUCAAGAAAAGUGCUCUUGAUAACAUUGCUAAAAUGAUAGAUAGUUUGUAA